AUGACUGCCCAUGUGAUCCCGACUGUCCUAGAUCCCCUCAAUGCAUCCGCGCUGAACAGACUCCCCGAGGCGGCCCAGCCGCUGUCGAAGAAGCGCAAAUUCGGACACGACGCCGCUACUGCUGGCCAGAUAGCAGGUGCCUCUAUAGUGAUCAGAGCCCACGCCGCUUCACUAUCCGAUGAACCCCUCGUCCUAGAUCGCAUUGCCACACUUCCCCGCACCAGACUACCGCUCUCAUGGCUCGAAGACGCGUCGUGGUCACAUUCUGACGCCCAACCGGGCGGCUUAUUCGUCGCCGAUAUCCCCGCCCUCGAAAACGAACUAUUUGCCUGUGCAGAGCCUAUCGUCCUUGCCGUGCGGCUGGUGGCUGAUGGCAGUCUCUACGUGGUUGAGAGGGUAAAGAGAGGCAUUUACUCGCUCACUAGGCUUGCACGGUGGGUGAAUGAGGGAGAUAUUGUGGUUGCGGUGAAGGGCUGGGAAGGGUCUUCUCGAGCGGUAGACAUAGAUGUUGAUGCUGAGGAGAAAUCCCUGCCUGUGCCGGAUGCUCUCAAUUGGUGGCAGGCUGCGCAGAUCGAAGAACCCACUUCUGAUUUUGGGUUGGGAGAUGACUUCGCUGGGCUGCAGGUUGGUGUUGUGUUUGAAGAUGAGGUGGAUGUGGGGACAGUUGCACCUUCUUUUGUUGAUGUGCUUGAGUUCCGGGGCCAUUCAAUUCCUCCUGUCCUAAAAAAUGCGAACAGCGACACCGAGGCUUCCUUUGCGCUAUCUGAGUCCCAGGGUAUGGGGUCUACAGGCGCUAUGGACGUUGAUUCCACAGACAACAAUGGCAUUGAUGCGAAGCAGUCACCCGAAGAGCUGCUCAAUAAGAUGAGAGAUCAUUACUUACAAGCUCUCUACAUCUCAAAGACAUCUCUGGCCUACUUUGCCAAAGGUCCCAUGACUCGCUGCCGCACUGCUUUUCAAUCAUCAAGCUCUGGAAACCCCCAGACACCAAGUGAACUAAUCGAGUUUUACCGCGAGGCUAUUCUGGCUGCUAAGAAAAUGGACCUCAAAUACCGAGAAGCCUUGCCAGCAGCUGUUCACGAAGCAGUGAUUGCUGUGUCUGAUGGUGAGGGUGGUACGAAGAAGCGGAAGAGCAAAAAGAAGAAAAUGAGCAAAAACGGGCUGUAUCCCGAGGAGGAUAGCUUCAUCCACAAGUGGUGGAAGGGCCGGAGCAUGACUGAAACUUCUACAUACGAUUCACGGGAAGCAGAGACCAAGAAGCACAUAUCUGACCUUCGAUUGCGUGAAAUACAGCUGCAAAUCCUCCUGAUUUUGGAAGUAAUGGCUUUGGAAUCGACUCCUACCGUUGAGAAAGAAGACGAGAGACCGACAAAAGAAAUCGUCGAAGCUAAGGAUUCAGCCAAGAAGACCAGACCCAAGAAGCCUCAGGAUCUGAAUGUGCUCCUCGAACUGCACCUUGACCGACUGUGCAUCUGGCAUGCUGUCGGUCUUGAGGAAUCUUCGACGGCCGAAACGGCAAGAACAUCGGCUUUUAACGAGGGCCACAUGUCUGGGAAGAAGGUUGAAAGCGAUGCGGUGCGCGAUUUUUGCACCGAGGUCAUCAUUCCAUUCUAUGCAGCACGCUUGCCGGGCAAAUGCAAGUUGAUCACUCGCAAAUUCGGCGUAUCUGGUGGUAUCUCACCAGCGGCCAAGAAAUCAUCCAACAAGAGAGAGCGUCCAGAGCCAGGAGCGGAAGUCAAACGACAAGCGCCGCCUCAGAACAUCCGCCGCUCGUUGCAUCGUGUCUUGACCGAUGAGAAGGCGGCAGCGGCAUCUCAAAAUCGACAUCCAUCUCUCCAUCGGUCUAAUACUGCACCAAGCAAGCAAGAGGCCAGGCGUGAUUCUAUGGAGCCUCUGCUUCCCACUGUUCUGUCAGGGAAUGUGCGAGGUGGAAUCCAGGUCAAGCGUGUGGAGAACAGGGAGGUUGAUUUAAAUGCAGCAGCCCGUCAACACGAGAGUAAAUUGCGAAAGGUUCAAAUGUUGGCCGACCAGAAGAAGGAACUCGAUGCUGCCAUUCACGCUCUGCGAAAACCAAACAGAGAAAUGGUUGCGAAGGAUAUUGCUGACGAUGCUACCAAACGGGUUUCCAAUGGAGGAGGGAGCUCCCGAAAGCCAAAGAACCCUGUUCGUAACCCAUAUGGCCAAGGAGUUCAGGUCAUGGCGACACCGCGUGGCAAUCGCAAGAAGGAUGCAGUCGUGGGGAUGCCUCCACUUCCUCGAAGCCUCAAACCUUCCAAAUCCUUUGCCGGAGAAAUGGAAAAUCAUUCCCUAGCUGAAUCCCCGGUUAUGGUUCCGUCCUCGAGUCGACGAGCAAUUUCAUUCUCCGGGCCUGACUCAAACCCAUUCAAGUCUCGCCAUGCUGUCGACACAAGCGACAGUGGGCGACGACAGGCCCGACCGGCAGAGCUUGGAUCUAUCCAAGAAACGCCCACUCGCCCCCCUCCUAAUAGACUGUUGUUUGACACCAACAAACCCAGCAGCACGGAUCCCCGCCGGAUAUUCUCAUCUGCAAGCAAAGGGACAGAUCUGUUCCGAGUACCCCAGAUUCCAGAGCCUCGUGCAAACCCUCCCGAGCCAAUGGCGCCCUCAACCCCAGUUUCAUCUCGGCGUAAACAAAUUAACCCAACUUCUACGCCCGAAGCAUCACGGCCUCUCAGCAAGACGUUCGAAGGCGCCCGCUCUUCAAUGAUCAUGGAGACACCACCAAAGCAGCGUGGUCCAGAACCCAUGCCAGCCCCUCGCUCUAUCCCCACAGCUCCUAAUUUCCCAGUAAUGAUCACCAACAAUACUCGUCCGCCAUCUUCACCAGUUGUGCUCGGCACCCCUGUCAAAGGUGCCGAUGUCAUACCUGUGACGCCGGACAAAUCUCAAUCCAAAUCGAUCUAUGACCAGCUGGGCUGGGAUGACGACGAUAUGGACAUUCUGUAG